CCCGCAGGGCUCCCUGCACUCCGCAGUGGCUGCUCGACUCUCGGCUCCACGUGCGGAUCGCGCCACUAUCUGAGCCUGUGCCAUGGAGCCGGCCGAGGACAGCUUGGGAGCCGCCAUCCAGCCCCCGGAGCUGGUCCAAGCCCCACAGGGGCGCAGCCUGCCGAUCCUGCUGGGCCUGCGAGGAGCGCUGUCCUCUGACGUGCGUCGGGAGGCGGCCGCGCUGGCGGCGCUCGCGGGCCCGGUGUUCCUGGCGCAGCUGAUGAUCUUUCUCAUCAGCAUCGUCAGUUCCAUCUUCUGCGGACACCUGGGCAAAGUCGAGUUGGACGCCGUGACACUCGCUGUUUCCGUUGUGAAUGUCACUGGAAUUUCAGUAGGGACUGGCUUAGCCUCGGCUUGUGACACACUGAUGUCUCAGUCAUUUGGAGGCAAGAACUUGAAGCGCGUGGGGGUCAUACUCCAAAGGGGCAUCCUCAUCCUGCUGCUCUGCUGCUUCCCUUGCUGGGCCAUCUUCCUCAACACGGAACGCCUGCUGCUGCUCCUAAGGCAGGACCCGGAUGUCGCCAGGCUAGCCCAGGUUUAUGUGAUGAUCUGCAUCCCUGCUCUUCCUGCGGCGUUCCUAUUCCAGCUGCAGACGCGAUAUUUACAGAGCCAGGGCAUCAUUAUGCCCCAAGUUAUUGUUGGGGUCGCAGCAAAUGUUGUCAACGUGGGCAUGAACGCCUUCUUGCUGUAUGCCUUGGACCUCGGAGUGGUAGGGUCUGCCUGGGCCAACACCACCUCCCAGUUCUUCCUGUCUGCCCUGCUUUUCCUCUAUGUGUGGUGGAAGAGAAUCCACAUCCAUACUUGGGGAGGGUGGACAAAGGAGUGCUUCCAGGAGUGGGGUUCCUACACGCGCCUGGCCAUCCCCAGUAUGUUCAUGGUGUGCAUCGAGUGGUGGACCUUCGAGAUUGGGACCUUCCUUGCAGGCCUUGUGAAUGUGACAGAACUGGGAGCCCAGGCCGUCAUCUAUGAACUGGCUUCUGUCGCCUACAUGGUGCCCUUUGGCUUUGGUGUGGCUGCCAGCGUCCGAGUGGGCAAUGCUCUGGGGGCAGGGAACGCUGACCAGGCCCGGUGUUCCUGUACCACUGUUCUUCUGUGUGCUGGUGUCUGUGCACUCCUGGUGGGACUUCUACUCGCAGCCUUGAAGGAUGUGGUUGCCUACAUCUUCACCAAUGACAAGGACAUCAUUUCCCUUGUGAGUCAAGUGAUGCCCAUUUUUGCUCCCUUUCAUCUGUUUGAUGCACUUGCGGGCACCUGUGGCGGGGUCCUGAGAGGCACGGGAAAACAAAAGAUAGGUGCUGUCCUGAACGCCAUUGGUUACUACGGGUUUGGUUUUCCUAUCGGAGUGUCACUGAUGUUUGCUGCUAAACUUGGGAUAAUAGGCCUCUGGGCUGGACUGAUAGUCUGCGUCUUCUUCCAAGCCUUUUCCUAUUUAAUCUACAUCCUGAGGACAAACUGGAACAGAGUCGCAGAGCAGGCACAAGUUCGAGCUGGGCUAAAAAGCACCAAGGAGAUGACCCCCACCCCAGCAGAUCUGCCCAUCUUGGAAAGAGAAGUUACUGACGGAGUGAUUUUGCCUGAUAUCAUCAGGCCAGAGAGCCAGACCGGCCAGCUGGUGGUAGAAGAGAACAGCCAGUGUGCAGUGCCCACUGUUGGGGAGGUCUUGACGGGGAGACAGCUGGUUAUCUAUCGUGGGAUGGCUCUGACUGUUUCUAUUGCUGUCCUCAUAGCAGGGAUUGUAGUUCGAGUUUUCAAUGACCGUGGCUAAGAUAGGACUGUCCCCAGUCUGUGAACUGGUAAUACCUGUGUGCCACAUCCUGAGCGUGGCUGUGAGCUUGUCACUCUCUCAACUGCGGCUAGAAAGGCUGCCAGUGAGCGUGUCCUUGGUCAUGUUUCCAUACCGCCCUGUCGUACUGCAGGUCACAAAAGGAGCAGUGCAUGUGCCUAGCGUGUGCAAGGCCCUUGUUUGAUGUUCAGCACUAGGAUGGAGGGAGGGGAGAAUGAACGGAUAAAUGAAUAAAUAGCUAUCCAGAUUUGGGGGGGUUGGGGGGAAGGUGCUGGGGAGGGAACCCGGGCCCUCGGCGCACACUAGGCAAGUACUCUAACACUGAGCGAUCACUUGCUCCCAGCCCCCAGAAGCUCUGCUGGUAAGAACGCGUUUCCCCAUUGACUUUAUCAUGAUUUCCAAAUGUGUCGGUUUGGCUUUCCUCUCCCCAGCAUCCUCUGCUGCUGCGCUCAGCGUGAGCUGAUUAUCAGGUACCUGUUCUAGCUCCGUCUGGCAACUGUGCCACAGAAACAUUUAUAAAAUAAAUAUCUCAGAUCU